AACUGGGAGUGGCAGUAAACAGACUGAAGUCUUUUUUUUUUCCGAAGAAUGGGCCCAAUUUUGAACAUCACAUGACCAAACUGGAAAACAGGUUGGGGGAUGUCCUGGGUGGGCAGUGGUCACUCCAAUAGCUAUAGGUUGAUGGCAAAAUGACGUUCAUUGGUGAAAUGAGAGAAAGUUAUGAGCGUGCAAACGUAUAAUGCUAGAGAAGGCGGGCACAUUUUCUCUCCAAUUCUAUGAGUUAAGCUGCUUAUUGUUAGCAAACUACACACAUACAUUCACACUAGUUACUACUUGUACUUCACAGUAUUUUAUGUUCAAUUUGAAAUAAAAGUGACAACGCUAAUGUCAGCAAAGAGACACUUUACACACACUUGUAGUCACAUAUGUAAGAUGAAGCAUAUAGCAUCAAACAUUUGUCCGUUUUUGUCACAGGGUUUUUAAACAUCGUCCCUCAAAUGUGAUGGACAUUGAAAGUGGUGAUCUUUGGUAAAAAAUUGAAGACAUCUGGUGCAAAACAACACCGUAGACAUUAAGUACUUCUGCCAAACUGCUGCUUGUUGUCAAGUGAGUUGAGUCACUGCCAUCAUACAGUUUUUGCUCACAAGUUGAAAUAAAUCACAGAGGUUCGUAUCUCGAAAAAGUUGGGUCACUUGGAGCUUAGAUAAAUAUUGCCAUUUGUGCAGGUGGGGUCUCAUGGUGAUGCACAUCCACUUGAGAAUCUUUUAGCCCCCUCCCCACUAGUCAUGAGUGGCUCAAAGUCAGACAUCCUGUGGUCUCCCCACCACCCGGACCGCUACGUCAUAUGCGACUCGGAGCUGGGCCUCUACCGCAUUGGUCCGGCGGGAUGUGCCGAGCUCAAGGCCGGUACCGUGCCCCUCUCUGGAGAGACGGCGGCCACCUUACUAGCCAUCAACUCAGACACGCCCUACAUGAAGUGCGUGGCCUGGUAUCCCAAACAGGAGCCUGAGUGCCUGCUCGCUGUGGGCCAGGCCAACGGCCGGGUGGUGCUCACCAGCUUGGGUCAGAGCCACAAUUCGGCAUGCAAGGAGUUGGUGGGCAAGGAGUUUGUGCCCAAACACGCCCGUCAGUGCAACACGCUGGCCUGGAACCCGGUGGAUAGCAACUUGCUGGCGGCCGGCUUGGAUAAACACCGAGCCGACUUCUCGGUGCUCAUAUGGGACAUCAGCAGCAAGUUCUCCCCGGAGGCCAGCGUCUCCGCCGAGAAGAUCCGCCUCUCCUCUUCCGACUUGGACCCGAGCUUGGUCGUGACCAAGCCGCUGUAUGACCUGGGCCAAAACGACGCUUGUUUGUCCCUCUGCUGGCUCCUCCGGGACCCCAAACUCCUCUUGGCCGGCAUGCAUCGGAACCUGGCUGUGUUCGACCUGAGGAACACCAGCCAGAAGACUUUCGUCAACACCAAAGCCAUCCAGGGGGUCACGGUGGACCCCCACUUUCCUGACCGUGUGGCCUCUUUCUUCGAGGGUCAGGUGGCCAUCUGGGACCUGAGGAAGUUCGAGAAGCCCGUGCUCACCCUCACCGAACAGCCCAAGCCUCUAACCAAGGUGGCCUGGUGUCCGACUCGCACAGGCCUGCUGGCCACGUUGACCCGCGACAGCAACAUCAUCCGUCUGUAUGACAUGCAGCACACGCCCACGCCCAUCGGAGACGAGACCGAGCCCACCAUUAUCGAGCGCAGCGUGCAGCCCUGCGACGGCCUGAUCGGCACCUUUGCCUGGCACCCGUCCAGGCAGAACCGCAUGGUGGUGGUGUCGGCCACCAACCGCGCCAUGACCGACUUCACCGUCUUUGAGCGCAUCUCGCUGGCAUGGAGCGCCACCACCUCAUUAAUGUGGGCCUGCGGACGCCACCUUUAUGAGUGCGCCGAGGACGGGCCGGAGGGCGCCCAGGGUCUCCUUGAGCAGGAUAUCGCUACCAAGAUGAGGCAGAGGGCUCAGUCCAGAUAUGGACACGACACCGUCCAGGUGUGGAGGAACCACCUGCUGGCGGGGGGCAACGAUUCCCAGCUCAAGUCCCUGUGGUUUGACCUCUUCUAUAUGAAGCAGUGUGCUGAGGAUGCCGAGCUGAAGCUACAGGGGAACAAACAGGCCAUCGUCUAUUCCGGUAUCAAGAAUAUUGUCAAGACCAGCUCAGCAGGCACCACAGAGAGCCGCAAGUGCUGGAGUGGCUCGGAGCGUCAGACGGAGGCGACGCGUUUCCACAGCGAGGAGCGCGGCCUGGCCCUGCGCCUCUGCGGCUGGAUGGGCCGGGCGUCCGACGUGGACGUGGAGCCCUUCCUGCGCUCGCUGGAGCAGGAGCGCGAGUGGGAGCGAGCCGCAGCUGUGGCCCUUUUCAACCUGGACAUCCGCAGAGCCAUACAAAUCCUCAACAGGGGAGCCAUGGCCGAGAAGGGUGACCUGAACCUGAAUGUGGUGGCCAUGGCGUUGUCGGGAUACACGGACGAGAAGGCCUCGUUGUGGCGGGAGAUGUGCAGCUCGCUAAGAUUGCAGCUCAACAACCCCUACCUUUGUGUCAUGUUCGCCUUUCUCACCAGCGAGCCGGGAGCCUACGACGGCGUGCUGUACGAAAGCAGCGUGGCGGUGCGUGAUAGAGUCGCCUUUGCCUCCAUGUUUCUCAAUGACGCUCAGCUUCCUCGCUACGUGGACAAACUGACCAAUGAGAUGAAGGAAGCAGGCAACCUGGAGGGCAUUCUGUUGACGGGCCUAACCAAGGAUGGCGUGGACCUGAUGGAGAGCUAUGUGGACCGGACUGGAGACGUCCAGACGGCCAGCUUCUGCAUGCUCAAGGGUUCUCCAGGGGAGGUGCUGAAGGACCCCCGAGUUCAGUGCUGGAUCGAGAACUACCGCAACCUGCUGGACGCGUGGAGGUUUUGGCACAAGCGGGCCGAGUUUGACAUCCAUCGAGGAAAACUGGACCCAACCUCCAAACCUUUGGCCCAGGUGUUUGUCAGCUGCAACUUCUGCGGCAAGUCCAUCUCGUACAGCUGCGCUGCCAUGCCCCACCAGGGCCGCGGUUUCAGCCAGUACGGCGUGAGCGGCUCACCCACCAAAUCCAAAGUGACCAGUUGCCCGGGAUGCCGCAAGCCGCUACCACGCUGCGCCUUGUGUCUCAUGAACAUGGGCACGCCCGUGUCCAGCUGCGCCGGGACGGGAAAGUCCGACGACAAGGUCGACCUGACAAGGGAGAACAAACUGGCUCAGUUCAACAACUGGUUCACCUGGUGUCACAACUGUCGCCAUGGCGGCCAUGCUGGACACAUGCUCAGCUGGUUCAGGGACCACACGGAGUGCCCCGUGUCGGCCUGCACGUGUAGAUGCAUGCAGCUGGACACUACGGGCAACUUGGAGCCCUUGGACAGCAGCUGAAACACGAGCAGCCUUGUUGGACCUGCACGUCCACGAUCAAGAAGGGAAACUCAUUGAUUUUGCUGGAGUCGUCAACCUCUCAGGCACAAUGAACAAGCAGGCUUAGAUGGGCCUCUCGCAAUCUCACCUGAAUCAGGCUUCAGUAAAGAACCUUAAAAAAAAACAACAAAAAAAUGUGAAUCUCUGUGCCAAACAUUCAUUUAACAUUCUAGAAGUCAAUAGAGGCAAAUUUUGACAAAUGUCAUCACACAUUAAGGAAAUGUUUUUUGUAUGCAAUCAAAACUAUAUUUGUUCAAGAAAAGUCAAUGUUAGGCUACCCCCCCCAAAACAAAAGUAGUUUUUAGCCUUGAAAGGCUGUUUUACCUCAAAACAGUUGAACCCCAUUGUGAAAUGAAUCGUGACCCCCAUUUUCCUAUUAAAACACCAUAUUCACUCACAAAAAGUCUACGCGAGGCUAUGCAAAGGUUUAGUUUUGAUACUCACUGCUGCUGAAAUGAUACAUUUUUAUUUAAACUGGUUCUGAGAUAUUACAAGAAGUCAUGCGUAGAGUCAUAUUCACACAUAGUAGGCCACUGCAUUACCUUAAAAAUCUGUUUUAAUAUGCAACUUUCUUUUCCCCCAAAAUAUGACCUUUGUUGGCACUGAAGGAUGGUACCUCAGAUGAAGCACACUUUUUUUUUUCUUAACUUGGCAUUUUAAACAUUUUCAAGGGAGGGUUGUGGGACGGGGCGGGUGAGGGGGGACGCAUUGAGCGACCCACUCCAGGCUUGCGCUCCAUGAAAAGAAUCUCCAUGGAAAACAGCAGCUGCUCGGCACUUGGACAAGAAGAUUGCCCCCCACCCCCUCACCCUCUUACAUCCCCUCGAUUCUUAAUACAGAAGCUCAGCUGCCCAUUGAGUGAAAAACACAACCUUACACCCUCUCUUUCUUUCACACUCCUUCCAGUGCCCACAUUGCCCCUCGAAACUAUGCAUCAUCAAUCCGAGGACGGGCGCCGUCUGCUCUGGCAUUGUAGCUGUUUUUUUUUCUUCUCCCUCCUCUCCCCUCUCACUUUUUCUUUCUCUGCAACCAACACCAAACAGGCUAGAACUGGAUAAAUCACUUUAGUCACGGACAUGCGGAUCUUGGAACCAUCAUAUCCCCACGUGGCCUUAAAUGAGCAUUUUGGGCAAGAAGAGCUGACAAAUUUGAUCUGAAGAAUGGCAAUUUGAAUGUCACAACCUUUGUUUCUGAGCUUUUUUUUUUUUAAUGCCCUUUAAAUUAUGAUGUGUUUUAUCUGGCAAAGUACUGUGUAGCGGAUGCAAAAGGAAAUGAGCAACGUGAAUGGCCAUGAAAACUGGAAAAAUUGAGAUGAGAACAAAAGUGGACUAUUACAAGAAUUGCAAAAGUGUAAAACAGAAUUUUUGUUUGGUUCAACCUAGUUUUCCAUGUCAAGUUGAUGCCAUAUUUUUUUUUUCCAUUGAAACUUUUGUGCACAAAAUAAUUCAUAGUUGAACACAAAAAGUUGUAUUUUGGAACAAACAUGCUAUACCUUGCCUUAAAAAGCAUGUCGUGUUACUAAAGUAAUAUAUUUUACCAUAAAAGACGUUAGCCUCAUAAAACAUUUUGUCACUAAAACUAGUUAAAACUUUAGUUUCACUGCCAUGUAGAGUAGAUGCAAUGUUUUGCCCUUAAAUCAUUUUUUGCCCUAAAAAUAGAGUAAUAGACCACAAACUAUUGUAUUUUCACACAAAAGUUAAACGUUUUUGGCAAUAUUUUAUUGACAAAAAUUAUUUAGUCCGUCUGGAAAGUUGUACUUUCCUCAUAUAAAUUUAAAUUGUGCACACUAAUAUGCAAUAGCUGACCUCACUGGGUUAUAUUUUGAUACAGAAGUACAAUAAUUGUCCCCGUUAUGGUGUGCCAAAAUGACAUUUGAUUAGGAAAGUGGU